AUGUGUAAACCUCGCUGGGGGCAAUCCAGAAGAUGUAUCAACAUCAUCAUCAACAAUGGCACCGUGAGCGAAGCUAGGAUCGACGAUAUGUCUCAGAGGAUUAUGGCGGCGUACUUUUUGCUGGGUCAGGAUGAGGACUAUCCCGAGAUCAGCUUUGAUUCGUUCAGGCUGUCUGGGUCGAACAUGUCCCAUGUUGAUGUCCGAGGUGAUCAUCACAAGUUGAUCCACCACAUCGGUGCCUCUUCCACCAUCCUGCUCAAGAACGAGAACAACACCCUCCCCUUGUCUACUCCUCGCUCUGUCGCCCUCAUCGGCUCCGACCUCGCCCCUCCCACUGAUGGCGCGAACGGCUUCACCGACCGAGGCGGUAUCGGCGGGCACACCGCCAUGGGCUGGGGUUCGAAUUCCGGUUCCGCCGAGUUCCCAUAUCUCGUCGACCCUCUCCUCUAUGCCAUCUCGCGCGGCGCGGAAGUCGCCAUUGUGGGCGUGCAUGCGCACUCGGGAGAAGAGUACAUCACAGUAGACGGUAACGUCGGAGACCGAAACAGCUUGACGCUCUGGGCCAACGGGGACAACCUCGUCCAGGCUGUAGCUUCUACCAACAACAACACUAUCGUCGUCGUCCACUCCCCUGGGCCUAUCAUCAUCGAGUCGUGGAUCGACCACCCCAACGUCACUGCUGUCCUCUGGGCCGGUCUUCCUGGUCAAGAGUCUGGUAAUGGCCUCGUCGACGUGCUUUGGGGCGACUACAACCCCUCGGCUCGACUUCCCUACACCAUCGCCAAAGACAGGGCAGACUACUCUGCUGACAUUGUCUAUACCAACUCUGAAUACCCCGUCCAGCCCCAGAUCGACUACACCGAGGGUCUUAACAUCGACUACCGACAUUUCUUGUCCGAGGGUAUUGAGCCGAGGUUCGCUUUCGGCUAUGGGCUGUCUUACACCAGCUUUGAGCUUUCGAACUUGAGUGUGGGCGCUAUCGAGGGAGCCGGAGAUUUGGAGAAGAGGGAUGUUUUGUUGAACCCUCCUCAGGUGGAUGAGACCCCUGCGGAGGAGACUGUGGAGAUUGGCAAAUUUGUCUUCAAAUCUCUCCACAAGCCUCGAUGGUCCCUCAACUCUGUCUACCCCGAAAGCGCUGGUGAGCCUCCCAAGGUUCUGCGUGAUUUUGCCAGAAUCAACCUCGACCCGGAGCCACCCAAAUUGUCUCUUGGAACCUCUCCCAAUACGACUUCUCCAUCUGGGAUGUUGAGAGCCGGGCAAGUGUGUGGCGGAUGA